CCCCGGCGCAGCAUUAUCAUGACGGCCUCCUCCACGCUGCUGGCCCUCUUCCUGAUGCCCCUCUGCCUCUGGGUCUACAGCCGCCACUGGAUCAACACGGCCCUGGUGCAGCUCCUGCCCCUGGGGGCCGUGAGCCUGACGCUGGGCAGCACCAAAAAGGUGCUCAUCCGGUACCGGCACCCCCGCGCCGCCGACCUCCUCGUUAAGAUUUCCCUGUGGUCCCUCUUGGUGACUGUGGUGAUCCUGUUCAUCCUGACUGGGACCAUGCUGGGCCCAGAUCUGAUGGCACAUAUUCCUGCAUCUGUGUACGCCAUUGCGGUGCUGAUGCCUCUAGCGGGGUACGCCUUGGGAUACGGCUUAGCCACGGUCUUUAAAAUGCCCCCACACUGCAGGAGAACAGUGUCUUUGGAAACAGGGUGCCAAAACGUCCAGCUCUGCACCGCCAUCCUAAAACUCACCUUCCCCCCGGAGCUCAUAGGGAGCAUGUACAUGUUUCCCUUGCUUUAUGCGCUUUUUCAGUCGGCAGAAGCAGGACUGUUUGUGCUGGCAUACAAGAUGUAUGGGAGAGACAGCUACAAACAAGAUACGCUUAGUGAAGAGGAAGACACAGAUAUUUCCUACAAGAAACUGAAAGAAGAGGAGGUGGCUGAUACUUCAUACGGCACAGUGACCAUGGAGGAGCACAACUCCGUUCAGAUGGAGCCGACGCAGACGGCGCUUUAG